CUCAUAGCAUCCGCAUCACAGCAGCCAUGCGCGAGUGCUACUUUCCCGCCAGCAUGCAAAUCCACGUCGAGUCGGGCCUUCGUCUCGAUCCUGCAGACUGGAAGCUCAAGCACUCGUUGGCCGAUUGGGACUUGAUCGAAAAGGCAGUGGCUUGUGACAGCGACACGGUCCCUCUCAGUGAUGGCGACCGCCAACGACUGUUGGACGUGUGCGGCACAUUCUGGGGUCGUGCUCUCGGCCAGCCGGCCUCGCUGACCCCGCGCGAGCGCCGAAUCGCCAAAGGAUGGCCUUCCGAGGAUGUCAUGGCUACAAACGUCGCUAAGGUAGCACCGGGACUUACGCCAGAGGUUUUCCUCGCCAAGGUGGCUAAGGGCGCAGACUGGAUGACUCUUGCACAAACAGACCUUAUCGACCAGCGCUUCAACCUCCUAAGGCCGGGACAGCGCCGCACGUGGUACAGCAUGGCUCACUUUGACCGCUACCGCGCCGGGUGGCUGCUAGCUUCUGCAGAAGAGCGCGACGCUUACCGCAACUCCCAGCUCAGAGGCCAGCUGCUCCGCAGACCAGGCUUCGUCCUUGACCAGACUGCGCUGAACGAGAAAGCUGAGGCAGAGUGGGAGAGGAACCAUAGUUCGCGAAGCGAUCUGCGAGACCAGCCACCGUGGAUCAAGCAUAUUCUCAUGUCCACGCUCUGGGAUGGAUUUCAGCUCAACUAUGGAUUCCCAGUCUACUUUACUAGCGAGCUGCACGCAGCCCUCGAGGAGAAACUGGUGUACGGCCGCGCACUGUACGGCGACAGUGAGAAAGGUAAACUCUUCGAGUCACCCGUGGUCUUCAUUGCGUCAUAUCUCAGGAGCAAGAUCUUCCAAUUCGGCAACUUCAUCGAAGUAGCUAAGCAGGAAUGCUCCAGUCCGAGGGACGUCUGGAUAGCCCGGCGCCUUAAGGACACGACGAACUACAUCAUCUCGUACACCCCUCUGCCGCAGGACGACGGUGCCAGGAUCCGAUAUCUCCAUCGGAUGGUGCGAUAUGGCGGAGCUCUCGAGGAGGGCGAAGAACCAAAGUGGAAGUCCCACUGGCUCGACGAGCAGUAUUUUGUUGUCCUCGACGCCUCCAGCCUACCGCCGGUGUCCGAUAUCUUGAACAAUACAGACAACUCCACUGAUGUUACCGUCUGGUUAUACGACGUCGACUGGGAUCCCCCCAGGGGUGCCACGCAUGAUAAUGACGGCUACGCAGGUAGAGUCAAGGUCAGCCUUGGCUAUCACCUCUAUGUCGGGCUCUACCCGUUCUUGCUUCGCCCAGGCUUCACCCUGAAGAAGGUUUGGGCUAUCAAGUCAUCCGACGAUUACAUGUACCGAAUCAAAGACUUUUCCGCGAUAGCUUAGCGUAGACGAGGAGAACACGGGUUAUCCAGCAUGUCCGAGGGCGGUGCCGAGUCAUCAUGAUAACACGACAGAUUUUGUAACAGAACCACUCUCCCUUGGCAGCGCGACCGUUAUUUAGUUCUUGCU